AUGGAAGCAUCAGGUAUUCGCGAGACAACUUACAACUCAAUCAUGGAGUGUGAUGUCGAUAUCAGAAACCAGUUGUAUAAAAACGUCGUCUUUUCAAGCGGAACAUCAAUAUACCCAGGCAUUAACGACAGACUAGAGAAGGAGAAAAAUGCAAAUGAAAAACGAAUAAGUAUAAUCAAGGCUGUUCAUGCUUGGCUCAAUUUAAUUAUAUUCAUAUUGUGGAAUCUAUUUUUUAUUUCGACAACAUUAUUUUUGUUAUGUUGUUAUUUUAUUUUGGUUUGGUUUGGUUUGAACCAAUCUUAUUGGUUAUAUAAAACCCUCAAUCUUGCACACUUUUUAAGUGUUUUUUAUUUUGUUUUUUAA